AUGGCCGAAGACACGUAUGUCUGCCCGAUUUGCCAUGUAAAGGUGAAAAGGAAGUUGGAGAAGGCUCAUAAAGUCAGUAAAGACCACAAGAAACGCUUGAUUUCGUUGAAGCAAGUGCAAGAGAAACAACAGAAGCUUGAAGAACUGAAACGAAGGGAAGAUGCCGAACGGCUAGCGCAGAAGAGGCAAGCUGACAGUGAUGAAGAGGAUGAUGAUGGUCCCAGUGUGUCGUCAAAACGAUGUGAGUUUGUGUUGUUUUUUUGUUUUUUAUUUUUAGGUUAUUGCGGACAUUGGCUUUGAGUUGGAUGUAUGUCUCCAAAAUUGGUUUAAUUUUGGUAAUAUUUGGUGUCGGAAAUACCUAAGAUAAGCAAGGCUAUGUUUUCAACGCUUUCUGCAGCUUAUUCGAUCAUUUAAAGUGAUGAAAUCCAAGCAGUCGCUUUUAAAAACAAGAUUCUUUAAGCUCAUCUAUCACCUACUUAAAACAAUAUAAUUUUCAGCGAAACCCGAGGAGAUCCAUGCUCCAAGUCUGGCGGCCAUGGCGGCAGAGCCUGAUAAGGAUGAAACCGAAGUGGCAAAUGCAUUACCAUCAGACUUCUUUGAGAAUCGGACUGAUGAAGAGAAAAAAGCGACCAAUCUUGAUGAAGAAUUUGAUAAAUUUAUGUCAGAAGUUAAACAAAUUGAUCGCAAAGAAAUAGAAGCCGCUGAAAUUGAGGAUGUAGGUGUUUUACACAUUUUGUUUUUUCUUUUUAGGAAUAUGCGACUCUUAAUUGUGGAGUUCUCCGUUAUAUUAUCCAUGGUUCACCUUGUGUUAUUUCAGGAAGCAGAUGCCGUCCGGAAGGACAUUGAUAUGAUAGAUGAGCAGAUUGAAAUGUGGAGGAAAAUGAACGAACUCGAAAAACAAAAGGAUUCUAUGAUUGCUGAAGCCAAGGAGCGAACAGCAAACGAAGAAACGUCAGCCGCUUAUGGUGAAGAUGAAGAUGGAGACGAAAGCGAUGACGACGGCUCGGAGUUUGAUAUAUACGGCAUUGACUGGCGAGCACGGAGGGUGUAGCUUGUUGUUCAUACUGUUUUGAUAGUGUGAGGACAUAAAUAUUAUAUUAACCGAACGGAAUUUGAAAAACAAAAGAGUCAGAGAAAAAUAUUACGCGAAUGAUCCCAAGAAUCGCGAAUUUUCUAGAGUUUGAGUCAGGUUUCAUACUGCAUGGGAAGAGGAUCACACGCGAUAUGAAAUCCGGCGAUCAAGGGUCUGCGCGCAUUACCCGAGACGCACGCUAUCUGGCUCCGGUGGCGCCUCAGAUUGAAGCGGCUCGAAAUGCGAAGGUGUUAAUCUCCCUCGGAUCUAAACACCGGCUUGACCUCUAGACUACAUGAAUCUGCAAUUUGCCGAAAAUCGGGUGAUCCGCCGAUGAAUCCGACACAAACUAUAGCGUAUACGCCAGAAUCCUUGGCGAUCUCUGGUAUUGAGCAACUUUUUUUUUGGACUAGUCCGUUCGCAAAGUCGAGCCUUUUUUGUGGAACUGGGACGAUUGGGGAAAAAGACGAUUGGGGAAAAGUACGAUUGGGGAAACCGAAAAGUAUUAUUUUUCUUCCAUGCAAAUGUCGAAUUCAGGAUAAUAGAGGGUGCUCAUUUCGAAAAUGACAUUUAUUUUUUUGAUUCUUACUUUUUUCCUUAAGUAGUACUGUUAAAGUCCGAGUUUCAAAAAGCCAGAGCGCAAGCAAGGAUUGUUAUCGUUGCGGGACCCUGCGCGGCUGGCCUCUCUCGCUAAAAAAUAAAAUUCUUUUUUAUUUGUUGUUUGUAAUGGAUCAUGUAAGGUGAAAGAUGAAUGAAGAUCGCUGAAAAAGGUAUGUUUUUUGUGUUUUCUGAUUCAGGGCAACUCGGCAAAAAUUUUAACGACAGCUGAUCCAAGAUUUUUUGUGUUUUGGGCGAAUGAAGGUAAUUUUGGACAUUCCGAAGCAUGAAAAUGGGUGUAGCUUUCCAAAGAACCAUCCAGGAGGGAUGUUGAUCGAGUUUUUGCCAAGUUAGAGUCAAUCCCUUCAACAAACUACCUAGUAUAAUAUAAUUUUUUCCAGGAUUUUGAAUUGGAAUGCAGCCAGACGGCUAAAUUUCACCGCAAGGACUCGCUGAAGCCAGAAGAAGAGACGACACCAUUCAAAUUCCAUGUGGAAUGGCUUUUUCCGAAGCUGAUGUCAACAUCGAAAAGGUGAGUUUUUCUUGGUAAAAAAAAUAUCUUGCUCCUUGAGCAAGGCAAUGGGUUUAGCUUCCCAAACAUGCUAUCUGGAAUACGGUUGCUUCAUAUUGCGCCACAUCAUGCCCACUGUUGUUUCCAGUGUAAUAUAAUUUUUACAGGUGA